CUGAACGAACUAACCUCCGUCUCUCUCUGCGCUUCUAUGAAUAUCUAGCUAGCUAGGCCAACUUUCUCCUAGCUUCCCGUUCGCAUCGGGGAGAGAGGCUUGUCCGAACAUGUCCGCAGCAGCAGGCAACGAUAGAUACUGUUGGACCUAACCGAAGUGGAAAGAGAGAGGAGGGAGAAUUGUGCCUUCGGACAAGAAGAGUACUAUACUACCCAUCUAUUUAACUACCGCACUAUUUGUGCUACCGGGAAGGGCGUUAAAAACGGAAGAAUACAAUCACGAUGGGUUUCUACAGCACGCUGAAGCACAUCUUCUAUAAAAUGAAGAGGAAGUUGGACCAUGGACCAGACAUCAGGCCUUUCCCUUCAGGCAAGAAACACUGCAAAGGUUCCAACUACCUCAGUCCCUCCAGUUUCGUUCCAUUCCAGACCACGCCCACUACCUUUGGGGACCUGCGAGCAGCCAAUGGGCAUUCAGCUCAGCGGAGACGUGUGACUUCAGGUCCGCCCCCCUCCGGCCUGCAGGACUGGCUGCACACUUUCCAGGCGUGGAGUGGUCCUGAGCGUCUAUUGGCUCUGGAUGAGUUGAUUGACAGCUGUGAGUCCAAUCAGGUGAAGCACAUGAUGCAGGUUAUUGAGCCUCAGUUCCAACGAGACUUCAUCUCCCUGCUGCCCAAAGAGUUGGCCCUGUAUGUCCUGACGUUCCUGGAGCCCAGAGAUCUGAUGCAUGCUGCUCAGACCUGUUCCUAUUGGAGGAUACUGGCUGAGGAUAACCUGCUGUGGAGAGAGAAGUGUAGGGAGGAGGGUAUUGAAGAGCCCCUGGUUGUGAAGAGAAGAAAGACUCUUAAACCUGGGUUCCUCCACUCGCCCUGGAAGAGUGCCUACGUACAACAACACAGGAUAGAGAGCAACUGGAGGACUGGGGAUAUCACCUCACCUAAGGUGUUAAAAGGUCACGAUGAUCAUGUGAUCACGUGUCUACAGUUCUGUGGUGACCUCAUAGUCAGUGGUUCUGACGACAACACUCUCAAAGUCUGGUCUGCCCUCACCGGCAAGUGUCUGCGUACCUUAGUAGGCCAUACAGGAGGCGUGUGGUCCAGUCAGAUGAGUGGUAACAUCGUGAUCAGUGGGUCUACAGACAGGACUCUGAAGGUUUGGGACGCAGAGAGCGGAGAGUGUGUUCACACCCUGUACGGACAUACCUCUACUGUACGCUGUAUACACCUGCACGACAAACAGGUUGUGAGCGGUAGCCGUGACGCUACGUUGCGUCUGUGGGACGUAGAUUCUGGCGAGUGUCUCCACGUCCUGACAGGUCAUGUGGCGGCGGUGCGGUGUGUCCAGUAUGACGGGCGCAGGGUGGUCAGCGGAGGAUACGACUUCAUGGUUAAAGUCUGGGACCCUGAGACAGAGACCUGUCUACACACUCUGCAGGGACACACGAACAGAGUCUAUUCACUUCAGUUUGACGGUGCCUACGUGGUCAGUGGAUCUCUGGACACCUCCAUCAGAGUAUGGGACGUAGUGACGGGAGGGUGUGUCCACACGCUGACCGGCCACCAAUCACUGACAAGUGGUAUGGAACUAAAGAACAACAUCCUGGUCUCUGGCAAUGCUGACUCUACUGUCAGGGUCUGGGAUAUACGGACAGGACAGUGUCUCCACACACUACAAGGUCCCCAUAAGCACCAGUCAGCAGUGACCUGUCUCCAGUUCUCUCGCUCCCUGGUGGUCUCUUCAUCAGAUGACGGGACAGUGAAGCUGUGGAGCCUGGCGACGGGGGAGUGGAUCAGAGACCUGGUGGCUCUGCAGAGUGGAGGAUCAGGGGGAGUGGUGUGGAGGAUCAGGGCAUCUAACACCAGACUGGUAGCAGCUGUUGGCAGCAGGAACGGAACAGAGGAGACUAAACUCGUGGUGCUGGACUUUGACCUCACUGACACCCACAAGUGAUGUCAUCAAAGAGGCGACGUGCUUUCAUCAGGAAAGGAUGUCAUUGGAUACGGAUGCGAGGUAACCAAAGAGGGACCUAAUAUCCUCAUAGGUGGAAGGAGAACUUGUAAUGAUGAUGAAAGGGGUGAGGAGAAGGUGUCGUUUGACAGAGGACUAUGUCAGAAUCCUCCUAUGGAAGGACUGAGUGCCAUUUUAAUAGGAGACACCAAUAUACCACAAACCAGGAGACGACUCAGAACUGUCCCCCAUUUCCUCACCACGUCCCGCGGAACCAAACUCUCAUAUUUUCCUGCUGACCAUUAACACUGCUGGACACUGGUAUGGUGAAGAGACAGUACGAAGACCAACUUUGAAUCUUCUGCGACCGGAGGAAUCCAUGAGAGGUCUCACUAAGGUCAUGCGCCUAACUGGCCUCCUGACCGACCGUCCAAAGGUCAAAUUGAGUGUAGUUACUGUAACCAACCAGACUACUGCUGGAUGUAUAGUUACUGUAACCACCCAGACUACUGCUGGAUGUAUAGUUACUGUAACUACCCAGACUACUGCUGGAUGUGUAGUUACUGUAACCACCCAGACUACUGCUGGAUGUAUAGUUACUGUAACCACCCAGACUACUGCUGGAUAUAUAGACUAUAGUUACUGUAACUACCCAGACUACUGCUGGAUAUAUAGACUAUAGUUACUGUAACCACCCAGACUACUGCUGGAUAUAUAGACUAUAGUUACUGUAACUACCCAGACUACUGCUGGAUGUAUAGACUGUUAUUGUAACUACCCAGACUACUGCUGGAUGUAUAGUUACUGUAACCACCCAGACUACUGCUGGAUGUAUAGACUGUUAUUGUAACCACCCAGACUACUGCUGGAUAUAUAGUUACUGUAACUACCCAGACUACUGCUGGAUGUGUAGUUACUGUAACCACCCAGACUACUGCUGGAUGUAUAGUUACUGUAACCACCCAGACUACUGCUGGAUAUAUAGACUAUAGUUACUGUAACUACCCAGACUACUGCUGGAUAUAUAGACUAUAGUUACUGUAACCACCCAGACUACUGCUGGAUAUAUAGACUAUAGUUACUGUAACUACCCAGACUACUGCUGGAUGUAUAGACUGUUAUUGUAACUACCCAGACUACUGCUGGAUGUAUAGUUACUGUAACCACCCAGACUACUGCUGGAUGUAUAGACUGUUAUUGUAACCACCCAGACUACUGCUGGAUAUAUAGUUACUGUAACCACCCAGACUACUGCUGGAUGUAUAGUUACUGUAACCACCCAGACUACUGCUGGAUGUAUAGUUACUGCAACCACCCAGACUACUGCUGGAUGUAUAGACUGUUAUUGUAACCACCCAGACUACUGCUGGAUGUAUAGACUGGUACUGUAACCACCCAGACUACUGCUGGAUGUAUAGACUGUUAUUGUAACCACCCAGACUACUGCUGGAUGUAUAGUUACUGUAACCACCCAGACUACUGCUGGAUGUAUAGUUACUGUAACUACCCAGACUACUGCUGGAUGUGUAGUUACUGUAACCACCCAGACUACUGCUGGAUGUAUAGUUACUGUAACCACCCAGACUACUGCUGGAUAUAUAGACUAUAGUUACUGUAACUACCCAGACUACUGCUGGAUAUAUAGACUAUAGUUACUGUAACCACCCAGACUACUGCUGGAUAUAUAGACUAUAGUUACUGUAACUACCCAGACUACUGCUGGAUGUAUAGACUGUUAUUGUAACUACCCAGACUACUGCUGGAUGUAUAGUUACUGUAACCACCCAGACUACUGCUGGAUGUAUAGACUGUUAUUGUAACCACCCAGACUACUGCUGGAUAUAUAGUUACUGUAACUACCCAGACUACUGCUGGAUGUGUAGUUACUGUAACCACCCAGACUACUGCUGGAUGUAUAGUUACUGUAACCACCCAGACUACUGCUGGAUAUAUAGACUAUAGUUACUGUAACUACCCAGACUACUGCUGGAUAUAUAGACUAUAGUUACUGUAACCACCCAGACUACUGCUGGAUAUAUAGACUAUAGUUACUGUAACUACCCAGACUACUGCUGGAUGUAUAGACUGUUAUUGUAACUACCCAGACUACUGCUGGAUGUAUAGUUACUGUAACCACCCAGACUACUGCUGGAUGUAUAGACUGUUAUUGUAACCACCCAGACUACUGCUGGAUAUAUAGUUACUGUAACCACCCAGACUACUGCUGGAUGUAUAGUUACUGUAACCACCCAGACUACUGCUGGAUGUAUAGUUACUGCAACCACCCAGACUACUGCUGGAUGUAUAGACUGUUAUUGUAACCACCCAGACUACUGCUGGAUGUAUAGACUGGUACUGUAACCACCCAGACUACUGCUGGAUGUAUAGACUGUUAUUGUAACCACCCAGACUACUGCUGGAUGUAUAGUUACUGUAACUACCCAGACUACUGCUGGAUGUAUAGUUACUGUAACCACCCAGACUACUGCUGGAUGUAUAGACUGUUACUGUAACUACCCAGAC